UUUAGUGUCCACGCCCUCCCCUGCAUGACCCCAUCAAUCAAAAGCCCAUUGUAGAAGAGAAGCAGUCCCCCCUCCCUCCACUGAAUUCUCUUCUCCUCCAUCUCUUAGUACUACAACUAGCUCUCAAGAGCUCACACCCUAGAACUACUUGUGUGUGUAUAUAAGAGCAGGAGCUAGCAUCAUCAGCCAAGAUGACCACUGAAUUCCUUAGAGUGGAGAAGUACCUGAGUGUGAAGAGGAUGGAGCUGCAGCCGGAGCUCUCACUAGGGCCGACGUGGCCGGCGCCAGGCUUCGUCUCCUCCACCACCAAGAGCACCAAGAGCUCAUCGUCGGAGUCAGACGGCAGCUCCAGGAAGAAGAGGAAGCACUUCACCUGGGAGGAGCCCGUGUCGCACGCCAACCUGGAGCUCCAGCUCAAUGACCCCCUGCCCCUCGACUGGGAGCAGUGCCUUGACCUGCAAUCUGGAAGGAUGUAUUACCUGAACAGGAAGACCUUGAAGAAAAGCUGGAUCAGGCCCAAGGAGCAGAGCGUGAACCUGGAGCUCAACAUCUCGACUACCCAGCCAACCGUCGUCGUCGUCCCCACCAUUAUCGAUGGAGGAAGCACCGGAGCUGCUGCUACUCCAGUUGCUGUUGCUGUUGUUGCAGAGGAGACAAAGAAGGGUGGCACCAUCGUCAGCUCUGGACCUGGAGGCAACAUGGUGGCCGUGCCUUGUGUCAAUUGCCACCUCCUCGUCAUGCUCUGCAAGUCCUCCCCAUCCUGUCCCAACUGCAAGUUCGUGCAGCCGUUGGCGCCACCGCCGCCGGCCCUGCCGCACCGCAAGCUCGACGCCGUCAAGCCGCUGGAGACCUUGAGCCUUCUCCAUUAGGGCAGUCUAGCUAGCAGUUGGUGCUUGCUUGCUUGCAUGCAUGCCCCCGUGCUCAAAGGGCAGGUGGCUGUAGAAAGAAAAAACCCUAGUAGCACGUGGGCAAUUAGUACUGUUUGAGGGAAGGACUAUUGAUCACUAUGUUAAUCCAGGGACUUUGACAUAGAAUGGUGAGGGUGAGGAGGAGGCAAUAUAAAUGUAUUAUUAUUAAUCAAUCAAUUAGUUAAUAGUAAUGGUGAUAGAUGUGCUAGCUAGUUA